AAGCGCAGAAAUUAUAGGAUACGAGAUCGUUUUGGAAAGGGUGAUCAGUGAGUUGGGGAUUUAGGGAUUUGGAAGUGGUCUCGGAAAUGGCGGGAGGGGCCUCAUCAUCAUGCAUCUUCUGUCAAAUUGCUCGCAAUUCCACUGCCAAUACUCUCCUUCACUCUGAUGACAAAGUCGUUGCAUUUCAAGACAUCAAGCCUUCUGCUUUAAGGCAUUACUUAGUAAUCCCUGUGAGCCACAUUCCAACAGUCAAAGAUCUUCAAAACAGAAAUGAAGAUUACACUUUGGUAAGUCAUAUGUUAAACGUGGGACAAACGCUAUUACGCAGAGAUGCGCCUCAGUCAAUUCAAUACAGAUUUGGUUUUCAUCAGCCUCCGUUGAAUAGCGUUGACCAUCUCCAUCUCCACUGUUUGGCUCUUCCCUUCAUGCCUAGAUGGAAACAAGUAAAAUAUUUGUCUUUGGGACCACUUGGUGGGUUUAUUGAAGCUGAGAAGUUGUUGGAGAAGAUAAAACCUUUCUCGCCAAUUUCUCCAUAGGUGCAAUUGGAUCACAGUUGAAUUUCUCUGUUAUAUUGAAAUCAAGGUAUUUUGUUAUAUUUAUGUAACUUCCCUGGCAAGUCAUUAUUGUUUGUUGAAGAUAUAGAAUGCCCCUAUAAGCUUAUUCUUCAUUUGUUCUAUAAGGAUUUGUGUUAUACUAGAGAAGGGUUAUUGUUCCUAAUAAGCUUACAUAAAAUUUUUCACAUGCACAUGUUCAUAAUUAAUGCUCCUAUUUAUACUUUUCUUUUGGUUACAUUGUUUGAGAUUAAUAUUAAUUUGUGUUUGAUACUCAAGGGUUGCUAAGCUUAUGGCUAAGAAAGGUCUUGUCUGCUUCUAAGAAAUCAAUAGGAGUAAAAGUAGAGUUUGGUGAAAUAGCUCUGAUCCUCUGUUAAUCAUUUGACAUUUUUUAAGCAUUGGUCAUAAUAUGCUGUAUGUGAUGAAUAUAAAAAUUUUGCUGGUUAGUACUGCAACCUAUAGUAAAUUUUGCUAACUGCUAGAGGGUAAAUUUUUUCUGUUUGGUGAGCACCAGAAGUUGCAGCUUUAUACAGAUUUGACAUCCAUUGUGCAAUUCUCUAACACGAACAUUUUAUUUCACUAUAAUAAUUACACAAUAUUUGUAAAGAAUGGUUGUUCAAAAAUUUCAACUUAAUAUUGAUUGUUAUCUUUAUUUUAGCUGGAGCAUCUUAGAUUCACUUUAGCUUCACUCUUAGGAAAUACUACAUAGAUUUACAUUAGUUCUACUCUUAUGAAAUGCCUAAUGGUUUUCAGUUAUUUCUUUUGCAAGCAUUUGAGGAGAAACAUAGCUAAUAUUAGUAUGAAUAUAUAGUUACGGCAGUGAAAUGCACGCUGCUUACUGACAACCAUAUUUAAGGAGUAUUUAAGGAGAUUCUUCCCAUGUUGUGCUGUUCUAUUUGGUUUUGAUUCUGUUGGUAAGGUCCAUGAAAACCAUUUGGGCAGUUUCUUAAUUUUCUAGAGGUCAGUAGCAGGGAAAUUGGGAUUUUUUCCUUUAAGAUUGGGAAUGAUAUCAUCAGUUAUUACUUCAUGACCAAGACAUUCCUCUAUCAUCGUGAUAGCAGAUAAAUUGCAAAAGUGGUUGCAUCUUGCGCUUGGAAUAUGUUGUGUUGUUCUUAGGCAUUAAUAUCUUUCAGAGGCUUAUCUGAGGAUACUGCAAUAGAAAAGUCAGAGAUUAAAUGUGAUUAAUGUGACUAACUCUCAUCAUCUUUCUGUCUA